CAGUUUGAUUUGCAUGGGAAUAAACUGUCCUUUUGUUGCUUAUAUGUGAAUAUGGGAUCCAGAUGGCUUCCAGGUUUGUCCAGAGGCAAGUUGGAAGACACCAGGACUACUCAGGUAAUAACAUCCCCUUUCGCCUGAAAUGUAGAUACAUGAUCCAAAACCUCCAGCCCAGUGGUGUUGGAAAAACAAUCCAUUCAAACUUGAUACAACUUCCUUUCCCAUCACUUACCAGCAUCGUUUUGUCCUUUGUUCAUGCUUCUCUUGUCUACUACAGGCAACUACCUGCUUAGGGAGCCCAGCCCCAACUCUCUGAAUGAGCUCUCUCCCAGUGCCUCCUGGUGGUUUGACAGGGAGGAGCACAGAGAGCAGGGAGACUCACUCAGAGAGCAACUGAAGGAGAUGGAUGAACAUGUGACCAGGCUCCAGGACAUGCUGAGGUGUGAGCAGGCAAAAUGCACCCGUCUGCAGUUGCGCAAUAACCAGCAGGAGGCAGAGCUGAGACGUCGAGAGCAGCACAGCAACAGACUGAGGGAGCGAAUGUCACAGCUCACUGACAGACACAAGGAGAGAGGACCCUCUAUAGAGGUGUUGAACUUUCCACCUGGAGGCCGAAGCAAACGAGAACAGCCAAUCAGAUCAUUAAGGUCUGCUGCAAAACGAGAAGAAGCAGCACUACGCCUGAUGCUGGAGCGCAGAGAAGCAGAGCUCAGAGAGGCGAUGAAGCUGCGCCACAGCCUCACCACUUUACUUCAUGCACUCAGAGGCGACAUGGAGCAGACGCUGUCGGACUCGGUGGAUAUUCAGGAUGUGGCAAAAAACAAAGACAAAAAGUUGGAUCAAGCUGAGGUAGUGCUUGGUGACCAUGUGACAGGAGGUGUGGUUCAGAGUUGGAGGAAGGUGCAGAGGAGCCUGGGCGACGUCCUAUCUGAAGGUCACGCUGGUGUUGGUACUGACCAUGACAAGCUGUUGGCUCAACUAGAAACUGAACUGAAAGAGAGUCAACAGCUCGUCAGAUUACAACAGCAACUGUUGCAGGGCAGCCUUGCCUCACCUGUCCCCUCUGAACUGGCUGAUUCUUACUUUUUGGAAGAGUGGGAACGUCUUCAGGUGCGGUGGGCAGAGCUCGAUCAUCAGAGGAGGACUUUUGAAAGAGAGAGGCAGUCCUUCACCAACGCUGCCAUCCGACUAAGCCAUGAGCGGCGUGAUUUUGAGCAACAGAAGGCCUCUCUCAUGAAGCAGCAGUAUUUGUGUGACUCACCUGUGUUUGGUAAAGGAGCACCAAGUGCCAACAGAAGAGACAGCACUGCACUCAAUUUCUCAGGUUUGGGGCCCACCAGCGUGUCUGGUUGUCUUCCUGUCACUCCAUCGUCCACCGGGUCAGCGACAGCUGCUCUUUCUGCGUUACAUCAGGGAAGAGUCAGCGUUCAAACUCCGAGCACUCCUGAGCUCUACACUGCCCUCAAUCUAUCGUACAACUGCAGAGCCACAGAGGUUGAUCACCAGUCAGAGACAUGGGACGGCAGGGCAGACAGGAUAGUGCACACACCACGGGCCCCACACCUGGACUGGUCAUUUUAAUACACUGCAGUCGCUACAGUAAAUUUAAUAUUUUCUCUUUUUAAAAUCAUCA